CUACGACCAAGGAACUCGGAAGCUUUGCCCUUUGCCCACACACCAUUCUUCUCAGUGGCUUCAGAUGCCUCCAAUCAUGGGACCACCAAGCUCUUCCCACUGUCAGUGCGUUACUGGACGCCAGACUUGGGAGUACAGAGGAAGGUCCUUGAUUUCUAUGAUGACAGUGAUGAAACAUCUACCGCGAUCUACAACCAGAUAGUUACCAAGCUGGAGGAAAACGGACUGGGACUAGACAUGAUAUCUGUGUAUACCGCUGACAAUGCUAGUGUGAAUUACGGGAGAUACAACUCUGUCUUCCAGAAACUGAAAGAGAACAACAAUUGCAUUUUGAAGGCAAACUGUGUGGCCCACAUCGUUCACAACAGUGCAAAACACGCAGGAGAUCGGCUACAUAUCAACAUCGAAAAUGUCGUCAACAAGACCUUUAGCCACUUCUCCUCAUCUGCCAAACGCAUUGAGGAACUUAGAUCAAUUCACACCUUUGUGGAGACAGAGUACCAGUCCCUGCUUAGACAUGUGCCCACAAGAUGGCUGAGCUUGUGGCCUGCAGUGAAGAGGCUUCACGACAGCUGGGCUCCUAUCAAGACCUACUUUCUCUCUUUGGAAGAGGACGAGUGCCCAAAGUCAAUAUGGCGACUGUUCAAGGAUGACCAGGAUGGUGAGGGCAACCCCCUUGAUCUACAGGUUUACCUGUCCUUCCUCAGCAAUACGCUGAAGAUUUUCCAUGACACUGUGCUGGUGGUGGAGCGAGAAGAUGUGACUGUCUGUGAGCUCUACAAUAUGAUGUUCACCCUAAAAACCAAGCUACAGCAACGACAGAGUGAUGGUUUCUUUGGGGCCCAGACGAGUGUACUCUUCCAGCAGUUUCCAGACAGACAGGCAGUUGUGCUCAGAGAGGACACCUACCUGGAGCAGCGCUAUGACUCCAACUACCAGAAGAAAUUGGCUAGCCUGGGACUAAAAAAAAGCCCAUUUAACUUCCCCCAUCUCUGUGAAGCUGUAGAGGUCCUGCAGCUAAGCAAGAAGCUGGACAUGGAUGCGCUAUAUGAUGAGUAUUGUGUCGUUCUGCCGCACCAACAGGCCAUCGUGGAGUCUGGAGCUCCAGUUGUGGAGAAGUGGGCCACCUUACUCAAGCACACACACACACCAAACAUGACAGUAUUAGCUUCUUUCCUCUUGAGUGUACCAAUCACCAAUGCUUCAGUGGAGAGGGUCUUUUCACUGAUGACAGGAUGCUGGACGGACACAAGGAACAGAUGUUCAGUAAACCUCAUCAAGUCAGAAAUUCAGGUGAAGAGCAACUUCACAUUCAGUUGCAAGGACUUUUACACUUAUGUAGUGAAAGAGAAGGUUCUCCUCAAUGCUGCACGCUCCAACAAGAAAUACAACUUCAAGAAAAAACCUGAAGAUGCUGGUGAAAUGGUUUGAGUCCUAAAGGUGACCCCAAAGUCCUAAAGGUGUCCCCAGAACACUGAACAGUUUUUUUUCCUGCGCCUGCCUUUACCAACAUCCAAGUUCACCAUCCUUCCUCCCCCUUCUUGUUCUGUGAACCUCUGGAGUUGUGAGUUAAGACUUUUUUUACAGUUCCUGUGGUGCAGAGCAACUACAAUUCCUGUUAAUCCUUUAAUUUAAAAUUAUAAUUUAUUUGAAGUGAAUAAAUUGUAAUGAAAAAUAAAUAAAAUUAAAUAGCUAAAGUAAAUCGGAAUUGGAAGUGCAUCUGUUCAUUGAAUGUUCAAAGUAUUAUGAAUCUUUAUUUAGAAAGAAAUACACAUUGGUUGGCCUAUUCAUGAGCAUACAUCAGCAAUUACACAUGUUUAUAGGAAUAGGGCAUUAUUAAUAUACCAUGUUAU